CUCAAUGAAAUGGUAUAGAAUAUAUGUAAAACAAGAUCAUGUCUUGUUCAAAGUACGCCUCUACACCACAAACAACAAACCUAGCACGGGUCUCCCGCCUGAUACUGGGACCAUGUGCUGACGUCAUGAGGGACGUGCUUCUCAGGGAGAUACCAGCAACUGACCUGUCUAAAAAAGUACAAAAGUGGAUAAAUUCUCAAAAGAGACACCUACUCAAUACAUCUCAAACUGAUUUGAUUUUCCCACAACCGUCAAAUAUCUAUGGUGGAAAUUAUUCCGACAUGGAUAUAUCCUUACUAUAUAUUCUCUUACGUAAUGUGACAAAUCUACCUGCACACAGUCAAGGUUGGGGUAAUGAUCCUGACCCUACAGACAGAAGUGUAUCGGCAAAUAUAGAGCGUAUAAGGUUCAUCAGAAACAAACACUACGGACAUGCUGUUGAAAUUGGCAUACCUGAUACCGAUUUCCAGAGUGAGUUUAUGAACAUUCGCAAGAUUGCGGAAGAUGUUGAUGUUUAUUUGGGCGUUUCAAAACAUCAGAAAUCGGUAGACUUUAUCAAAACAGACAAGAUGGACCCGGAACAGGAAAUGGAAUGGAUAAAACACCUUACAAUAUUAGAGUCGGUGGUCUCAAAUGUAGAGGAAAACACCAAAAAAAUACACCAAAACACCAAAGAAAUACAGAAACUGAAACAUAAAAUAGAAAACAAGAGGAUUGAGAAAUUUGAUAUGCAUAUCAGAGUAAAGAUUGAUACAACAAGAGCUGCAUUAGAAAAUCAAGAACUAAAAAUAAAGGAUGUAUUUGUUCAAACACGUGCAACUAAAAGAGUAUUAGAACUUUUAGAGUCAAAUAGAUAUGUCCUUGUAAAAGGAAACCCGGGAUCUGGGAAAACCACAAUUGCCACGCACGUCUUAACAGAGUUACAGAAGAAAGGGAUGUCUCCUCUUCAGGUUUUCACUGUUGAAGAAUUGUACGGAUCCGUGUCACCGAAUUCAAACGUCGCUUUAUUCUUAGAUAAUUUAUUCGGGGAGUUCUCAGUUUCAAAUGAGGUUGACAACUUUAAAGCCAAGUUACAUUUGAUCAAAGCAAUGUGGAAUAAUGAUAAUUGUAAGGGAAAUGUUUUAAUCAUAACAAUCAGAAAUGAUAUUUGCAAAGAAGCAACCGAAAGAAUAAAUGAAGAGUUAUUUUUAAACAAUUCUUCAAUUGACAUAUCUAAUGGGAAGUUUCAAAUGCAAAGUUCAGAAAUAGAAGAAAUGUUCACAAAGUAUGGUCUUGAUAAAAUGAUAACAUCAGAUACAAUGCUGGAUGUUAUUAAACUAGGAAAUUCACUUGGAAUCCCCCAAUGUUGCAGCCUCUUGAAAAAUAAUCCAAUAUUUUCCGAAAACCCUCAAACUUUUUUAAAGGAUCCUAUUCUAAGCUUGGAAAAUUAUAUAAAACAAAGGUUGGAUCGAAAAGAAAGCAAAAUGUCAGUUUUAAUCUAUAUUCUUCUCUGUGGAGGGAACGUUGAAGAAAGUGUGAUGAAAACACCUUCACGAGAUAGAACGCGGAAAGAAGAAGCACUGAAAAUGUUAGGAGCCACAGAGUCUUCACUAAGGGAUUUUCAAAAUUCAAUCUUUCAUUUCGACCAUUUUUUGAUAACUUAUGACAACAUGGAAAGAAAGUAUAAAUUUAGUCAUAGCUCAGUACAAGAGAGUUUAUUUAAAUGUCUUGUCAAUUAUUACCCACAAGAAAUUAUCAAGAGUU